GACGGUUGGUGAUCUUAACAGUGCUCCGAACGAAAAAUACGAAUCCGAAUUAAACGCUGUCUCUCGGUUUUUGGCAUCUAAGCAGUCGCCGCCGCCUCUAGCUGUAUCUGUAUCUGUAUCUGAGUAUCUGUAUCUCUAACUCACUGCAUCCGUGCGAUCCCCCGUCUCUCGACUCUCUCUCCAAGGUGGUGUGUGUGUGAAGUGAGCGAGACUGCUAAGCUUUUUUUCUGCUCACACGUCUAACUGUCGUCGGUGUGUGUUUUUGGGGCCUCAACUUGAACUAUGGCUCGCGUGCUCGUGUGCGUACUAUAAAUAUAUUUAAAAAUAAGUAUUUCGACAUUCCGGCGGUGGAAAUUAUGUGACACACCACAACACAAUAUAUAGCAGUCCAGAUCCCCAACAACCACGUCCCAUUCAUACCGCAAAUAUUUUUACCGAGUGCCAAAAAGCAACGAAGCGAGUCAAUAAUUGUGAUUAAUAACAAACAACAACGAAAAGAGCCAACAGCGUUCAUUAAUUAGCCCGCAAAUAGCCAUAGUCCCUCCAGGUGCAAUAUUCGGUGAUUACCUCAUCUGUGUCAGCGCGCCGCUCGCUCAAAAAGCAAAAUGGUAUCAAAAAGCAAUAAAAAGAAACAAGUGUCUCAGCAGCAGCAGCAGCAGCAGGCGGCAGCUUCGUCGUCGUCGCAGCCACCAGCAACUUCGAGCACAACCACAUCGUCGUCGGCCUCGGCCACGAAGCUCACCAAAAAACUGGGUCCCGAUGCGUUUGCCACUCUGACAACGAACCAAAGCUCUUCCUCGAUGGAGCACGAAUCCGUGUCCUAUGGCGGCAAUGUGGAUCCUGUGGCCAGCACCCCUUCCCUGCCGGCAGCCGGUGUCCGCAGCUAUAGCAGCCGUAGCUCCAAGAGCAAGGCCUCCCAGUCGCACUCCUCCUCAACCUACACAGAGCAAUCUCAGCUAACCCACGGACAGAGCAGCAAGAUCUCCUCCCGGGAUUAUGCCAACAAUGCGAAGAUCAUCUCCUCGAUUGAUCUGUUGGAGAGUGAAAAGAAAGAGCCAGUAUUCUCGGUGCCCAUUGAGGUGGUGGAGAUCACAACGCCCACGCUAUCCGUCUCCGCCAGCGGGGGCAGUGUCUCGAAAAUGUUCGCCGCCUCCUCGUCGUCGCAGCAGCAGCAGGCUAGCAGCAGCAGCUCCUACUUCGAGACCACAACCAGUUCCAGUCGGAGCGCCAACGAAACGCUCAUUGCGAGCGAGAGAGCCGACACGGCUACCGGUAUGACAUCAUCCGGGCCGAGGAAACAGGUUGGCUUCGACACCAAGACAGAGACCAACACCAGCAGCAGCAACAUGACAAACACAAACAUCACCAGCAGCAGCAGCCAUGGCGGGGUUAUUAAUUUGAGCGAAUCUCAGAGCGUGCCAAAGCUGCCGCCAGUCCGCGGAACAGCUGAUGGGCCCGCAUCCGUGACGUCGCAACCGGUUUCCGCGACGUCUGGCGCGACCACAACAAAGGCAACGGCAACGACGUCAUCGUCAUCCACGCGUCGCAACGAUAAACUGGAAGUGGGCACAGACAAACGCACCGCCACCACAGCUGUUCAUGGAGCUACGUCAUCGUCGUCUGCUUCACUGGUCGACCAGUCGACGCUAAAGUCCAGCAAGGAGGUCAGCGAGAGCACGGUUCUCAAAAGCUCCAGCAGCAGCAAACAGUCCAAGUCGUCGUCCAAAAAAGAGGUCUACGAUGUGAAGACCAAGACCUGGACAGAGUACAGCGAUGGUAGCGAUCCCAAUAAGAGCCGUCCCGCCUUUGAGCGGUAUGUGAGCAAGGAUACCGAUGGCAGCUCCAAGGUGACGUACAAGAAGAAAAUAUACGAUAGGCGCAACAAUCGGUGGCGGGUGGUGGACGAACGGACAGUGGACAGCAGCGCCGACACGGGCUAUCCCGAAAUAGUGGAUGAUGUCAUUAAUACAACACGGACUACGUACACCACCAAGGUGUACGACACGAAGCUCGGCAGGUGGACGGUCGUCGACGAGAAGUCGUUCACUGAUACGAAAGCUUUCGUGCCCAAUGACAUUGCUCGUGAAAUCGAGAAAGAUAAUACCGAUGUUGCAAACAUAACGACUACCACGGAGGUAACGAAGAUUUUCGAUGCAAGCAUCAACGACUGGCGCGUUCUGGACGAGAAGGUGCACACGGAUGUCAUUGAGAAGAUUGUAGAGGCUCCCAAGAAGACCAUCUAUGUGGACGAGUUUGUGGAGAUUGAGAAGAACACCUCGAUAUCGGAGAACAAUGAGAACAUAACCCUGAACCUCAAAGAGACAUCGAAACACAAAAAUAUUACCGAAAAUAUUUAUGAUGAAAUCGAUUAUGUGCGCACUGAUAAGCAGCAACGCCUAGACGACUCAAGAACCCGGGGAGUCGCAAAGAACAAGACAACGACACACAGCGAAAGGUGCAUCUGUGAAAUCUGCACUUGCGGACGACAUCAUUGCUCAAGCAGCACAACGAAAUCAACAGAGAAAACCAUUAUUGAAACCGAUGAUACCUUAGACGAAGCAUACACAAGGAUACGUACGAAUACCUGGUCGAAAAAAGAAAAUGGAAACAUUCCCAAGCCAAACGAAGACAUUCUGGUGGAUUACGUAGUCAUUAAGAAGCCAGAAGACAAUUUAAAACCCGAAGGUGACUUUGUUGUUCCGCCAAAAGAGCCCUAUAAGCCCGGAGAGAAACGUGAAAAAAUUGUGCAUACCGACAACCUACGCACGGAGGGAGAAAUGACUUUUGUGGAGCGGGAGGAAUAUCAGUACACUGUCCGUCCUGGAUAUGUGAAGCCCACAGACAACCUCAAGCCCGAGGGAGAAUUCUACAGUCCAGAAAAGCCAAAGUACCAGCCGGGAGAUAGGCCCUCUCAAGUGCGACAUCAGGAUAAUCUGAAACCCGAAGGCGAGUUCUACACUCCUGAGAAGCCGGGCUACACACCAGCAGAAAAACCCGAGAAAAUCAUUCGCACUGAUAAUUUGCGAACUGAAGGCGAAAUGACCUUUGUGGAGAAGGAGGAGUAUCAGUAUGUGGUGCGUCCUGGACAAGUCAAGCCCACGGAUAACCUGAAACCUGAGGGAGACUUUUAUAGUCCUGAGAAGCCGAAAUAUCGCCCAGGCGAACGUCCCUCUCAGGUCAGACCUGAAGAUAAUCUUAAGCCAGAAGGUGAUUUCUAUACUCCCGAAAAGCCAGGAUUCCGACCGGCUGAACGUCCCGUGCAGAAGAAACCUCAGGAUAACCUGAAGCCGGAGGGUGAAUUCACAAAGCCAGAAAAACAAGUAUAUAAGCCUGCCGAUAAAACCGAAAGAAUUAUUCGAAAAGAUAAUCUUCACACUGAAGGAGAAAUGACUUUUGUCGAAAGGGAAGAAUAUCAAUAUGUGGUGCGUCCUGAUCAAGUAAGGCCAACUGAUAAUCUAAAACCAGAGGGAGAGUUUUACAGUCCUGAGAAGCCUGGGUAUCGCCCUGGAGAAAGACCUUCUCAGGUUAGACCAGAAGACAACCUCAAGCCUGAGGGAGAAUUCUACACUCCAGAAAAGCCCGGCUUCAGACCUGCGGAGAGGCCAGUUCAAAAGAAGCCGGAGGACAAUCUAAAACCCGAAGGGGAAUUCUACAGCCCAGAGAAACCAAGAUACAAGCCAGGCGAAAGACCAUCUCAAGUCAGGCCAGAAGAUAACCUCAGACCUGAGGGGGAAUUCUACACACCCGACAAGCCAGGAUUCCGUCCCGCUGAAAGGCCAGUUCAAAAGAAGCCCGAGGACAAUCUUAAGCCGGAAGGAGAGUUUUACAGCCCCGAGAAGCCCAAGUACAAGCCAGGGGAAAGACCGUCCCAAGUAAGACCGGAGGAUAAUCUCAGACCAGAGGGAGAAUUCUACACACCGGAGAAGCCUGGCUUCAGGCCUGCCGAACGUCCAGUGCAGAAAAAGCCCCAGGAUAACUUAAAGCCGGAGGGUGAAUUUACAAAGCCAGAAAAGCAAGUGUACAAACCUGCCGAUAAAACCGAAAGAAUUAUUCGAAAAGAUAAUCUUCACACGGAAGGAGAAAUGACAUUUGUGGAGAGGGAAGAGUAUCAAUAUGUGGUGCGUCCUGACCAAGUAAGGCCAACAGAUAAUCUGAAACCCGAAGGAGAAUUCUACAGUCCCGAGAAGCCGAAAUACAGACCAGGAGAACGGCCUUCUCAAGUCCGGCCAGAGGAUAACCUUCGACCUGAGGGUGAAUUCUACACCCCUGAGAAGCCUGGAUUCCGCCCCGCUGAGAGGCCAGUCCAGAAGAAACCAGAGGAUAAUCUUAAGCCAGAGGGAGAAUUUUACAGUCCAGAUAAGCCCAAGUACAAGCCAGGGGAAAGACCUUCCCAGGUUCGUCCUGAGGAUAAUCUCAGACCAGAGGGAGAAUUCUACACACCGGAGAAGCCUGGCUUCAGGCCUGCCGAACGCCCAGUGCAGAAAAAGCCUCAGGAUAACUUAAAGCCGGAGGGUGAAUUUACAAAGCCAGAAAAGCAAGUGUACAAACCUGCCGAUAAAACCGAAAGAAUUAUUCGAAAAGAUAAUCUUCACACGGAAGGAGAAAUGACAUUUGUGGAGAGGGAAGAGUAUCAAUAUGUGGUGCGUCCUGACCAAGUAAGGCCAACAGAUAAUCUGAAACCCGAAGGAGAAUUCUACAGCCCAGAGAAGCCGAAAUACAGACCAGGAGAACGACCUUCUCAAGUCCGGCCAGAGGAUAACCUUCGACCUGAGGGAGAAUUCUACACUCCAGAGAAGCCUGGAUUCCGCCCAGCUGAGAGGCCAGUUCAGAAGAAACCAGAAGACAAUCUUAAGCCAGAAGGAGAAUUCUACAGCCCAGAGAAGCCCAAGUACAAGCCAGGAGAAAGACCGUCCCAGGUUCGUCCUGAGGAUAAUCUUAGGCCAGAGGGAGAAUUCUAUACUCCCGAAAAGCCUGGUUUCCGCCCUGCUGAUCGUCCCGAUCAAGUUAGGCCGACCGACAAUCUGAAGCCCGAGGGAGAAUUCUACAGCCCAGAGAAGCAGAAAUAUAGACCAGGAGAAAGGCCUUCUCAAGUCCGGCCAGAGGAUAAUCUUCGGUCUGAGGGAGAAUUCUACACUCCAGAGAAGCCUGGAUUCCGCCCAGCUGAGAGGCCAGUUCAGAAAAAACCAGAAGACAAUCUUAAGCCUGAAGGAGAGUUUGUGAAACCUGAGAAGCAGGUCUACAGGCCCGCUGAGAAAACUGAAAAGAUUAUCAGAAAGGAUAACCUUCGCACUGAAGGAGAAAUGACUUUUGUUGAAAGGGAGGAAUAUCAAUAUGUGGUACGUCCUGAUCAAGUAAAGCCUACUGAUAAUCUGAAACCCGAGGGAGAGUUCUACAGCCCAGAAAAGCCGAAAUACAGACCAGGAGAAAGGCCUUCUCAAGUCCGGCCAGAGGAUAACCUUCGACCUGAGGGUGAUUUCUACACUCCAGAGAAGCCUGGAUUCCGCCCCGCUGAGCGGCCAGUUCAGAAGAAACCAGAGGACAAUCUUAAGCCAGAAGGAGAAUUUUACAGCCCAGAGAAGCCCAAGUACAAGCCAGGAGAAAGACCAUCCCAGGUUCGUCCUGAGGAUAAUCUUAGGCCAGAGGGAGAAUUCUAUACUCCCGAAAAGCCUGGUUUCCGCCCUGCUGAUCGUCCCGAUCAAGUUAGGCCGACCGACAAUCUGAAGCCCGAGGGAGAAUUCUACAGCCCAGAGAAGCCGAAAUACAGACCAGGAGAAAGGCCUUCUCAAGUCAGGCCAGAGGAUAAUCUGCGGCCUGAGGGUGAAUUUUACACUCCAGAGAAGCCUGGAUUCCGCCCCGCUGAGCGGCCAGUUCAGAAAAAACCAGAGGACAAUCUGAAGCCGGAAGGAGAGUUUGUGAAACCUGAGAAGCAAGUCUUCAGGCCCGCUGAGAAAACUGAAAAGAUUAUCAGGAAGGAUAACCUUCGCACUGAAGGCGAAAUGACUUUUGUUGAAAGGGAAGAAUAUCAAUAUGUGGUACGUCCUGACCAAGUAAAGCCUACUGACAAUCUGAAGCCCGAAGGAGAAUUCUACAGUCCUGAGAAACCGAAAUACAGACCAGGAGAAAGACCUUCUCAAGUCCGGCCAGAGGAUAACCUUCGACCUGAGGGUGAAUUCUACACUCCAGAGAAGCCUGGAUUCCGCCCCGCUGAGCGGCCAGUUCAGAAGAAACCAGAAGACAAUCUUAAGCCGGAAGGAGAAUUCUACAGCCCAGAGAAGCCCAAGUAUAAGCCAGGAGAAAGACCAUCCCAGGUUCGUCCUGAGGAUAAUCUUAGGCCUGAGGGAGAAUUCUAUACUCCCGAAAAGCCUGGCUUCCGCCCUGCUGAUCGUCCCGAUCAAGUUAGGCCGACCGACAAUCUGAAGCCCGAGGGAGAAUUUUACAGUCCGGAGAAGCCAAAAUACAGACCAGGAGAAAGGCCUUCUCAAGUCCGGCCAGAGGAUAAUCUUCGGCCUGAGGGAGAAUUCUACACUCCAGAGAAGCCUGGAUUCCGCCCCGCUGAGCGGCCAGUUCAGAAGAAACCAGAAGACAAUCUUAAGCCUGAAGGAGAGUUUGUGAAACCUGAGAAGCAGGUCUACAGGCCCGCUGAGAAAACUGAAAAGAUUAUCAGAAAGGACAACCUUCGCACUGAAGGCGAAAUGACAUUUGUUGAAAGGGAAGAAUAUCAAUAUGUGGUACGUCCUGACCAAGUAAAGCCUACUGACAAUCUGAAGCCCGAAGGAGAAUUCUACAGUCCUGAGAAACCGAAAUACAGACCAGGAGAAAGACCUUCUCAAGUCCGGCCAGAGGAUAACCUUCGACCUGAGGGUGAAUUCUACACUCCAGAGAAGCCUGGAUUCCGCCCCGCUGAGCGGCCAGUUCAGAAGAAACCAGAAGACAAUCUUAAGCCGGAAGGAGAAUUCUACAGCCCAGAGAAGCCCAAGUAUAAGCCAGGAGAAAGACCAUCCCAGGUUCGUCCUGAGGAUAAUCUUAGGCCUGAGGGAGAAUUCUAUACUCCCGAAAAGCCUGGCUUCCGCCCUGCUGAUCGUCCCGAUCAAGUUAGGCCGACCGACAAUCUGAAGCCCGAGGGAGAAUUUUACAGUCCGGAGAAGCCAAAAUACAGACCAGGAGAAAGGCCUUCUCAAGUCCGGCCAGAGGAUAAUCUUCGGCCUGAGGGAGAAUUCUACACUCCAGAGAAGCCUGGAUUCCGCCCCGCUGAGCGGCCAGUUCAGAAGAAACCAGAAGACAAUCUUAAGCCUGAAGGAGAGUUUGUGAAACCUGAGAAGCAGGUCUACAGGCCCGCUGAGAAAACUGAAAAGAUUAUCAGGAAGGAUAACCUUCGCACUGAAGGCGAAAUGACUUUUGUUGAAAGGAAGGAAUAUCAAUAUGUGGUACGUCCUGACCAAGUAAAGCCUACUGACAAUCUGAAGCCCGAGGGAGAAUUCUACAGCCCCGAAAAGCCGAAGUACAAGCCGGGAGAGAGACCUUCUCAAGUCCGGCCAGAGGAUAAUCUUCGGCCUGAGGGAGAAUUCUAUACUCCAGAGAAGCCUGGAUUCCGCCCCGCUGAGCGGCCAGUUCAGAAGAAACCAGAGGACAAUCUGAAGCCGGAAGGAGAGUUUGUGAAACCUGAGAAGCAAGUCUUCAGGCCCGCUGAGAAAACUGAAAAGAUUAUCAGGAAGGAUAACCUUCGCACUGAAGGCGAAAUGACUUUUGUUGAAAGGGAAGAAUAUCAAUAUGUGGUACGUCCUGACCAAGUAAAGCCUACUGACAAUCUGAAGCCCGAAGGAGAAUUCUACAGUCCUGAGAAACCGAAAUACAGACCAGGAGAAAGACCUUCUCAAGUCCGGACAGAGGAUAACCUUCGACCUGAGGGUGAAUUCUACACUCCAGAGAAGCCUGGAUUCCGCCCCGCUGAGCGGCCAGUUCAGAAGAAACCAGAAGACAAUCUUAAGCCGGAAGGAGAAUUCUACAGCCCAGAGAAGCCCAAGUAUAAGCCAGGAGAAAGACCAUCCCAGGUUCGUCCUGAGGAUAAUCUUAGGCCAGAGGGAGAAUUCUACACUCCCGAAAAGCCUGGAUUCCGCCCUGCUGAUCGUCCCGAUCAAGUUAGGCCGACCGAUAAUCUGAAGCCCGAGGGAGAAUUCUACAGUCCUGAGAAACCGAAAUACAGACCAGGAGAAAGACCUUCUCAAGUCCGGCCAGAGGAUAAUCUUCGGCCUGAGGGAGAAUUCUACACGCCAGAGAAGCCUGGAUUCCGCCCCGCUGAGCGGCCAGUUCAGAAGAAACCAGAAGACAAUCUUAAGCCGGAAGGAGAAUUCUACAGCCCAGAGAAGCCCAAGUAUAAGCCAGGAGAAAGACCAUCCCAGGUUCGUCCUGAGGAUAAUCUUAGGCCAGAGGGAGAAUUCUACACUCCCGAAAAGCCUGGAUUCCGCCCUGCUGAUCGUCCCGAUCAAGUUAGGCCGACCGACAAUCUGAAGCCCGAGGGAGAAUUCUACAGCCCAGAGAAGCAGAAAUAUAGACCAGGAGAAAGGCCUUCUCAAGUCCGGCCAGAGGAUAAUCUUCGGCCUGAGGGAGAAUUCUACACUCCAGAGAAGCCUGGAUUCCGCCCAGCUGAGAGGCCAGUUCAGAAAAAACCAGAAGACAAUCUUAAGCCUGAAGGAGAGUUUGUGAAACCUGAGAAGCAGGUCUACAGGCCCGCUGAGAAAACUGAAAAGAUUAUCAGAAAGGAUAACCUUCGCACUGAAGGAGAAAUGACUUUUGUUGAAAGGGAGGAAUAUCAAUAUGUGGUACGUCCUGAUCAAGUAAAGCCUACUGAUAAUCUGAAGCCCGAGGGAGAGUUCUACAGCCCAGAAAAGCCGAAAUACAGACCAGGAGAAAGGCCUUCUCAAGUCCGGCCAGAGGAUAACCUUCGACCUGAGGGUGAUUUCUACACUCCAGAGAAGCCUGGAUUCCGCCCCGCUGAGCGGCCAGUUCAGAAGAAACCAGAGGACAAUCUUAAGCCAGAAGGAGAAUUUUACAGCCCAGAGAAGCCCAAGUACAAGCCAGGAGAAAGACCAUCCCAGGUUCGUCCUGAGGAUAAUCUUAGGCCAGAGGGAGAAUUCUAUACUCCCGAAAAGCCUGGUUUCCGCCCUGCUGAUCGUCCCGAUCAAGUUAGGCCGACCGACAAUCUGAAGCCCGAGGGAGAAUUCUACAGCCCAGAGAAGCAGAAAUAUAGACCAGGAGAAAGGCCUUCUCAAGUCCGGCCAGAGGAUAAUCUUCGGCCUGAGGGAGAAUUCUACACUCCAGAGAAGCCUGGAUUCCGCCCCGCUGAGCGGCCAGUUCAGAAGAAACCAGAAGACAAUCUUAAGCCGGAAGGAGAAUUCUACAGCCCAGAGAAGCCCAAGUAUAAGCCAGGAGAAAGACCAUCCCAGGUUCGUCCUGAGGAUAAUCUUAGGCCAGAGGGAGAAUUCUACACUCCCGAAAAGCCUGGUUUCCGCCCUGCUGAUCGUCCCGAUCAAGUUAGGCCGACCGACAAUCUGAAGCCCGAGGGAGAAUUCUACAGCCCAGAGAAGCAGAAAUAUAGACCAGGAGAAAGGCCUUCUCAAGUCCGGCCAGAGGAUAAUCUUCGACCUGAGGGUGAAUUCUACACUCCAGAGAAGCCUGGAUUCCGCCCUGCUGAGAGACCAGUUCAAAAGAAGCCAGAGGACAAUCUAAAACCAGAAGGAGAGUUUGCAAAGCCAGAGAAACAAGUCUACAAGCCGGCUGAGAAGACUGAAAAAAUCGUUCAAAGGGAUAACCUUCGCACUGAAGGCGAAAUGACAUUUGUAGAAAAGAAAGAAUAUCAAUAUGUGGUACGUCCUGAUCAGGUUAAACCAACCGACAAUCUGAAGCCCGAGGGGAAAUUCUACAGUCCGGAGAAGCCGAAAUACAAGCCAGGGGAACGACCGUCUCAAGUAAGACCAGAGGAUAAUCUCCGCUCAGAGGGAGAGUUUUACGCCCCGGAAAAGCCAGGAUUCCGACCUGCCGAGAGGCCCGUCCAGAAGAAGCCUCAUGAUAACUUGAAACCGGAGGGAGACUUUUACAGUCCAGAAAAGCAACCAUAUAGGCCAGGCGAGCGACCAUCCCAGGUUCGUCAUGAGGACAAUCUUAAACCUGAAGGCGAUUUUUAUACACCAGAAAAGGCUGGAUAUAAGCCAGGGGAGCGACCAGUAGCAAAGAAACCUGUGGAUAAUCUAAAGCCUGAGGGAGAGUUUGCUAAACCUGAAAAGCAAGUCUUUAAGCCCGCGGAUAAAACUAAGAAGAUCAUUCAGAAGGACAAUUUACGUACUGAAGGCGAGAUGACAUUUGUGGAAAAGAAAGAGUAUCAAUAUGUUGUCAGGCCAGAGCAAGUGAAACCAACUGAUAACUUGAAACCCGAGGGUGAAUUCUUCAGUCCCGAAAAGCCGAAAUAUCGACCUGGAGAGCGAGUAACCGUGGUGAGGCAUAAAGACAACCUGAAGGUGGAGGGAGAAUUCUAUGUUCAGGAGAAGGAGGGCUUCCAGCCUGGCGAGAGACCCAAGCAGAAGAAACCUCAAGACAACUUGAAACCAGAGGGUGAGAUAGACAUCCCAGAUAAGGCCAAAUACAGGCCUGCUGAUAAGGUUACCAAAGUUGUUCAUAAGGACAAUCUUCGCACUGAAGGAGAAAUGACUUUCACGGAAAAAACUGAAUACCAGCAUGUCGUAAGACCUACUCCGGUAAAACCAGAAGACAAUCUGAAGCCUGAAGGCGUUAUGUACACCCCCGAAAAGCCAAAAUAUGAGCCUGGAUCUCGCCCCGAGCAAAAGAGGUACGUUGACAAUUUGAAACCAGAGGGUAAGAUGCACAUCCCAGAGAAGGAAGGCUUCAGGCCAGCAGACAGGGUAAAGACGGUAAUUCGCAAAGACAAUCUGAGAACUGAGGGUGAAAUGACAUUCACACAGAAGGAGGAAUACCAUCAUGUCAAGCGGCCUGAACAGGUGAAGCCAAGCGAUAACCUAAAGGUGGAAGGUGAAUUCUACACACCCGAUAAGACAGCGUUCAGGCCUGCAGAGCGACCGAUCCAAAAGAAGCCCAAGGACAACCUGAAGCCAGAGGGAGAAUUCUACAAGAGAACCGACCGAAGCGAGACCGAUAGCACGACCCUCACAGAGACAAUUAAACGAGAAACGCCCAAGCGACCUGUGGACAACUUAAAGUUGGAAGGUUCGAUGACAGUUACCAGAAAGGAUGACUACAAAACGACGACCAACAAGACAACCGUGGAUAAAGUUCAACGCACUCAAAAAUACAAGCACAACAGUUCAUCCAUCACUUUGGGCAGUGAUACGGCAAUCCUGAAGACAACCAACCAGAUGAACUUCGUAUCUGGCAAGGACGCAGUUAAGCAAGUGGAUUCCAACAGUCAAAAUCCUGUAGACGGUCUCAUUGUGGUGUCCACGAAGAAGGUAACCACUGUGAUUGGAGGCCGCCACAAGAAGGAACCCGAAACCGAGUAUGUCAAGAGGCCAGCCAAGAUCAAUGUGAUCGAGAAUGUGGCCAAGAAUACAACAACGACAAACAUUGAGAAUACCCAAAACAUUCACAAGGAAACCACCUCGAUGCAGAGAAACCACAACCUAGUCCAAACUGAUCUAUCCACCAGAGCCAUCGAAACGAAUCAAGGAAAUGUCACAAGGAAUAUCACAGGCGGCGAUACUACCUCGAGAGUGGUGUCAGGCGGAACUGUCUCCAAUACCGUAACUGGCGACUCUUCAUCGACUCGCCUUGUUUCGGGCAGAAAUGUGACCAGCAGCGUGACGGAGGACUCAACCACACGAGUAGUGACGGGCAGAAAUGUUUCCAGCAACAUAACUGGGGAAACUACAUCAACAUCCCGUGUGGUUACCGGAAGAAAUGUCUCCAGCAAUAUCAUUGGUGGUGAUGCCACAAGUCGAGUCACCGACGACACAACUAGUCGAGUGGUUUCCGGUGGCAACAGGAAUUCCAGCCACAACAUUGUGACCGGUAGCUCCAACUCCAACAUGACCAGUUCCAAGCACUUCCAUCACCGCAAGAGCGAGUUCUCCUCGGAAGCCGACGUCUCGAAUACGAUAUUCCAUCGCAAGAAUGUCACCAGCGAUUCAAACACGGCCAACGGCAGCCUCACCUCCAACGGCAAGAUGAUGCGAAAGAGUAUUCUCAAUCUGCACGAGCAACCCUCCAGCAGUGCCCCCCAUGGCGGGGAGCAGCGUCAGAGCUACAGCAGCAUUCACCGGCAGAAUCGGGACUCUGAGCAGAAUUCCAGCUUCUCGAGCGAGCGUAGGACCUGUAACGUGCACAAGGAGAACGUCAAGAACUCAUCAUCGUCGUCCUCGAUGUCCCGAAUAAUUUCUGGUGGUGGUGGCGGAGGAGGAGGUGUUACCGGAACAACAACUGUGACACGCACCCAAGUCUCGGGUGGGGGUGGCAUCGAUUUUCCAUCUCAAUCCACACACUCCCAUACGACACGUCAUCGGGGAAGCCAGCAUGUGUCCAGCUCCAGCGGGGGCAUCGAUUUCCCCUCCUACAGCCACCAUGGCCACACCGAGCGCAUGAUGACAACCACCCGUCGCGGCAAUCAGUCCUCGAUUAGUCUGGGCAACGACAAGUUCACCGGCUCCAGUCUCUACAAGAGCGAAUACAUAACUGCCCCGAGCACCACCACCUGUGCGGUGCAUAAGAUAAACAAAGGUGCAUUCCAGCAUACCAGGAGUACUCAAGAACACAAGUUCUUCAAGACCUCAAACUAACCCGAAAGCCGAGCUUAUACCUUUGCCUCACUAACCCCCAAGACAUACAUAUCCCAUAAUAACACUAGACGCCUAAGCUUCCAUGACAAUAUAUAUACUUUACAUGUGUUUCUACGCAAUUAUUAUACAAACCAAUCCGAGAACGAGAAUUAACAAUAAAGAUAAAAUCAUAUUUUUGGAA